UCAUUUGAAUAUUCCCACUCCAACUUCCAGAACUUUCUUCCCGGCAGUAUAUAGUCCGCGAGAAACCGUUAGUCUGCACCACAUCCAGGACGAGAUCAGAAGACCAGAAGACCAGAAGAUCAGCUCAUCAAAACAGCUGUGCGAGAAUGAAAAUCGAAAUCUUUGACAACACUAUGAAAACCUUUCAAGCUUCUCAAACUUGCCCAAUCCAAAAGCAAGAAUGUGGGUGACCAACCUCAUUACUCUGUGCCUUUUGGCCUUCGCUUCUUCAGCCGAGGAAAAGAAACUAAGCAGCCAUGCGACUUCCCUGGCCGACACUAGCAGCCAUCUAGCUUUUAACCUGUAUCAGACCUUAGCCAAAGAGAAGGAUCUUGACAACAUCCUGAUUUCCCCUGUGGUGGUUGCGUCCUCUCUGGGUUUAGUUGCUCUUGGGGGAAAAUCCUCCACAGCAUCGCAGGUCAAGAGCGUCCUUAAGGCUGACGCCCUGAAAGAUGAGCAUCUGCAUACGGGAUUGUCUGAACUCCUGAGUGAGGUCAGUGAUCCAGUGGCCCGCAAUGUCACCUGGAAGAUCAACAAUAAGCUGUAUGGCCCUAGUUCUGUCAGCUUUGCUGAUGACUUUGUGAAGAGCAGCAAGAAACACUACAAGUAUGAUCACUCCAAGAUCAACUUCCGCGACAAGAGAAGCGCUAUCAACUCCAUCAACGAGUGGGCUGCCAAGUCUACUGAUGGCAAGCUCCCAGAAAUCACUAAGGAUGUGAAGAACACAGAUGGUGCUAUGAUCAUCAAUGCCAUGUUCUUCAAACCUCACUGGGAUGAAAAGUUCCACCAUAAGAUGGUUGACAACCGUGGAUUCCUUGUGUCCCGCUCCUUCACCGUAUCCGUCCAAAUGAUGCAUCGCACAGGUCUUUAUGGCUUCUAUGAGGACAAAGAGAACAAACUUUUUGUGCUUAACAUGCCACUGGCACACAAGAAAUCCAGUGUGAUUUUCAUCAUGCCCUACCAUGUUGAGCCCUUGGAGAGGCUGGAGAAGCUCCUGACAAGGGAUCAGCUAAACACCUGGAUGGGCAAGUUGCAGGAAACUGCAGUGGCGGUUUCUCUGCCUAAAGUCAGCGUCGAAGUCAGUCAUGAUCUGCAGAAACACCUUGGAGAAAUUGGUCUCACAGAGGCAGUGGACAAGUCCAAGGCAGAUCUGUCCAACAUCUCUGGCAAGAAAGAUCUCUACCUUUCAAAUGUCUUCCAUGCGUCUGCUUGGGAAUGGGACACAGAGGGUAACCCAUUCGACGCCAGCAUCUUUGGUUCCGAAAAGCUCAGAAACCCCAGGCUGUUCUAUGCUGACCAUCCAUUCAUCUUCCUGGUGAAGGACAACCAGACCAACUCAAUCCUCUACAUUGGUAGACUAGUUAGACCAAAGGGAGACAAGAUGAGAGACGAAUUGUAGUUUUAAAGUGCUGAUACGUGUAGACUUUUUGUUUUUUAUUUGUUUUUGUUAUUGAUAAUGUGUAUAAUUUGACUUGUUUCAUGGUAUGGUUAAUGGUUACCUCGUGAUGGAGCACAAUUUAGCAAGUUUUUUUUUUACUACAUAAAAUCAACAUUUUAUUUUUCAAAGUACACUUUGGUGCUGAAAUGGUAAAAGAAUUCCACUUGUGAGAUUAGAUCAUCACUUUAUCCGCAGGUUUGCCAUCAAUCGGACCAUGUGGCUUUUAUAAAUUCGGCCACGAGAAUAGAUGCUCUACUUAUAUUAAGUACGUUAGCAUCCAUGUCCACCUGUGUUUAUUUGAUGGUUAUGACUGCGCCUGAGCUCUCCUUUUCAAUUCUAAUCUUCUGUGACAACUGUGUGGGUUCUUUGACUUAUCUUUAAUGUUUAAAGAACAAAGGAUUUUUCCACAAAUGUUUAAAUGCUCGUGUCUCUCAAACACUCCGAAGAUGAAACCAAGAUCUGUCAUUUCGCUGCCUCAUCUUGUGCACUGAUGUGUUUUCAUAAGCAUGACAGAUGAGGUCAGUUGUUAUAUUGUGUUCAAAAUCAUGUUUUCUGUAAAA